GUCAGUGAGUCGGGCGUUCAUCGGCCUCACGUGGCGGGUAUCCACGGCCGCAGCAACGACGGGGCUUACUCCCUGGUCCUGGCGGGCGGCUACGAGGACGACGUGGACAAUGGGAAUUCUUUCACAUACACAGGUAGCGGUGGUCGAGAUCUUUCCGGCAACAAGCGAACUGCAGAACAGUCUUGCGAUCAGAAACUCACCAACACCAACAGGGCGCUGGCUCUCAACUGCUUUGCCCCCAUCAACGACAAGAAGGGGGCCGAGGCCAAGGACUGGCGGUCGGGGAAGCCGGUCAGGGUUGUGCGCAACGUCAAAGGUGGCAAGAACAGCAAGUACGCGCCCGCCGAGGGCAACCGGUACGACGGCAUCUACAAGGUCGUGAAGUACUGGCCAGAGAAGGGGAAGUCCGGGUUUCUGGUGUGGCGCUACCUGCUGCGGAGGGACGACGACGAGCCCGGGCCCUGGACGAAGGAGGGGAAGGACCGGAUCAAGAGGCUGGGGCUGACCAUGCAGUAUCCAGAAGGCUACUUGGAAGCCCUGGCCAACAGGGAGAAGGAGAAGGAGAACAGGAAGAGGGACGUGGAGGAGGACGAGGAGGAGGAGGAGGCAGAGGCGCGGGAGCAGGCCAGCCUCAGGUCCACCAGGCCGGGCAAGGGCAAGUGGAAGCGGAAGUCGGCAGGAGGCGGCCCGGGCAGGGCCGGGUCCCCGCGCCGCAUGCCCAAGAAAACCAGGGUGGAGCCCUAUACCCUCACUCCGCAGCAGAACAGCCUCAUCAAGGAGGACAAGAGCAACGCCCGGCUGUGGACCGAGGUCCUCAAGGCGCUCAAGGACGGCCCGGUGAGCGCGGGUGGCGGGGCUUUCCAGGCGUUCCUGAGCAAGGUGGGAGAGGCGUUCCAGUGCAUCUGCUGCCAGGAGCUGGUGUUCCGGCCCGUCACGACCGUGUGCCAGCACAACGUGUGCAAG